GUUGCAAGUUGAGCAUCGAGUCGUUCAUUAGUAUUACCACGUUCUCUUCCUGGUGUGAUUAUUAAAAAGAGGGAGAGAGAGAUAGAGAGAGAGGAAGAGCCGUCAGCGGUCGGAAAAGGGUGACGAAGAUGGCGUCCAGGUCGCCGAGGGGAGCGCGAUCACACGACGCCUGGGAUUGCUUACUACCAGGCCCGCCCAGCCGCAGCAACGGCGGCGCCGCCGACUGCAGCAAUUUCGGCCUCCUCGCCUACGGUGCCGGAAGCUGCGUCGUCGUCGCAGACCCUCGAUCCAUGCAGCUCGUCUGCAUUCUGCCUAUGCCUCCCUCUGCCGCCGCCUCCGCCUCCGCCCACGCCUCCCUCGCCCCAUUCGUCACCUCCGUUCGAUGGACCCCCCAGCCUCUCCUCCGCGACCUAUCCUCUCACGAAGACCCUUUCACCUCCCACCUCCGCCUAGCCGCUGGCGAUCGACAGGGCCGCAUCGCCAUAUGGGACCUCCGAUCCCGCCAGGUCCUACUCUGGCUCGACCUCGAGGCAUCGUCUUCCUCUUCCUCCGGCCGGAUGGGAAUCCAGGAUCUUUGCUGGGUCCGCUCCGACUCCUGGCUUCUGGCCGCGAUCCAUGGUCCGUCGCUUCUCGUCCUUUGGGACACCGUCACCGGCCGCUGUCUGUGGAAGUACGAUGCCUCUCCUGAGUAUUUCUCCUGCAUUCGCCGCGAUCCCUUUGACGCAAGGCACUUCUGCACCCUUGGCCUCCGGGGCUUCCUUCUCUCGGCCAUUGCCUUGAGUGGCGGGGACGGUGGUUCCGUCUCUAUGCAAGAUCAUCGGAUCACUGGGAUUUCUGAUUCAUCCUCCGAUCUGCAAAAGCUCGAGAAGGACUCCUCUGGAUCUGCUUCUUCAUUGUCUCCAGCUCACGCCCUCUUCCCUCUUUUCUUUGCAAGGCUUUGCUUCUCGCCCGUAUCGAAGUCCAUCCUCCUUGCGACCUUCCCCAAGGAGCUUAUUGUUUUUGACCUGAAUUAUGGGACGACACUGUCGGCCAUUCCACUGCCUCGUGGAUUCAGCAAGUUUAUGGACUUGGUGCCAGAUCAAGAUCGCGAUCUGGUUUACUGUGCACAUGUUGACGGGAAGCUCAGUAUCUGGAAGAGGAAAGAAGGAGAGCAAUUGCAUAUACUCUGUGGAAUGGAAGAAUUAAUGCCCUCCAUUGGCACAUCUGUCCCAACUCCAGCCGUUCUCGCACUCACUCUUCGCCAAUCAGAAUCUUCAGUUCAAAACAUUGGCCGUGUCUUCACCAAUCCAUCAGACAUACAAACUUCACUUGUCGAAGAUCCAUCAAACUCACAAGCCUCACUUGCUGAAGAUGACACCCUUUCUAAAAUUUUAAAUAAGGAAAUUGAUGCUGCUCUGAAGACAUGUUUAAUCUCGAUUUCUGAUGAUGGGAAAAUCUGGAACUGGCUUCUUACUUCUGAAAGGGAUGUAUCAGAUUCUACUAAAGAACAAGUUUCUGGCAAUGGAACCAAUUCUCCAUCUAUAACCCUGAAACUCACUGAACCAGUGUCUAUGAAGAUCAGUUUGAUGGGUCAGCUCCAUCUUCUUUCUUCAACAUUGACCACUCUAGCUGUACCAUCCCCAUCAUUGACAGCCACUUUAGCUCGUGGAGGAAAUAAUCCUGCCCCAGCCGUUCCACUCAUUGCUUUGGGGACACAAGGUGGGACUAUUGAUGUUGUUGAUAUUUCUGCUAGUGCAGUUGCAGUGAGCUUUUCUGUCCAUAAUAAUCCUAUCAGAGGACUGCGAUGGCUUGGAAAUUCAAGGCUUGUUUCCUUCUCAUAUGGUCAGGUAAAUGACAAAGGAGGAGGCUUCACUAAUAGACUUGUUGUCACUUGCCUAAGAAGUGGGCUUAAUCGCCCAUUUAGGCUCCUUCAAAAGCCAGAGCGCGCCCCCAUAAGAGCAUUAAGAGCCUCUUCAUCUGGAAGGUAUCUCCUCAUUUUGUUUCGGGAUGCUCCAGUUGAGGUAUGGGCUAUGACAAAGACACCCAUUAUGCUUAGAUCAUUAGCUCUUCCAUUUACUGUGUUGGAAUGGACAUUACCAAGUGCACCCCGCCCUAUUCAGAGUGGCCCUUCUCGGGAGUCCUUGGCAUCAAAAGAACAGAUAUCUACUCCAAAUACAAGUGCAAAUACAUCGUCUACUGAAGCUAAGGUGGCAAACUCAGACUCUACUGUGGAUGACACAUCAGAGAGUUUUGCAUUUGCCUUAGUGAAUGGUGCCCUUGGUGUGUUUGAGGUCCAUGGCCGGAGGAUUAGAGAUUUUAGACCAAAGUGGCCAUCAACCUCAUUUGCUUCAUCAGAUGGUCUAAUCACUGCUAUGGCAUAUCGUCUCCCGCAUGUGGUUAUGGGGGAUCGAUUAGGUAACAUACGCUGGUGGGAUGUGACUACUGGUCUUUCUUCUUCAUUUAACACCCACAGAGAAGGAAUUAGAAGGAUUAAGUUUUCUCCUGUUGUUCCUGGAGAUCGGAGCAGAGGGCGUAUUGCUGUACUCUUUUAUGACAAUACAUUCUCAAUAUUUGAUCUUGACUCGUCAGAUCCAUUGGCCAAUGCCCUUUUACAGCCUCAAUCUCCUGGAACGCUUGUUUUGGAGCUUGAUUGGCUGACAAGGCGAACAGACAGAAAUGAACCACUGGUUUUAUGCAUAGCUGGAGCUGACAGUAGUCUUCGCCUUAUUGAGGUUAAUAUAAGUGACACAAAGACUGGUUCAAUCACAAAGUCCAGAGUGUUAAAUGAGAGAUUUCGACCAGUACCUUUGUGCGUACCUAUGUUAUUUCCAACAGCACAUGCACUGGCAUUACGGACAAUCUUGCAGCUUGGCGUGAAACCUUCUUGGUUCAUUUUGAACAAUGCAACCUCAGGUAUUCUUCCAUAUCAGAUUCCUGAUCUGGUCCCAGCAUCUCCAAGUGACCUGCGAAGCUUUAUGAUCGAGUCAACUCUUCCCUCUGUGGGUGAUAUUGUUGUGCCCGAAUUACUUCUUAAGGUUCUAGAGCCAUAUCGAAGAGAGGGAUGCAUUCUUGAUGAGGAAAGGGUUGGGUUAUAUGCUUCAUUAGUCAACAAAGGUUCUGCAGCAAGGUUUGCCUUUGCUGCUGCUAUUUUUGGUGAACUUUCGGAAGCGCUGUUCUGGUUACAGCUACCACAUGCCCUCAGUCAUUUGCUGGAAAGAUCUGAAAAUAAAUCACAGCAUAGCUCCAAGCCUGCAUCAAUUUCUGAGGCUGAAAGUGCUCUUCUUAAUCGGAUAGCAUCACGUGAAAGGUCUGCAGGCUCAAUAACAUCAGAAGCAGUGAAGUAUGGACAGCUAAAUAUGAUGGCUUUCAGCCAAGAGGAAUUGUGGGGAAAAGCAAAUGAGCAAAUUGCUUGGCAUGCAAAACUAGAUGGAGAAGAGGCAAUUCAAAAGCGUGUUCAUGAAGGAAGUUGCACAAUAUCCCUGUCAAAGUUAUGACGGAAGUUGCACAAUAUCCUAGUCAAAGUUAUGGCACAAAGGCAACUUGUCGAUGGUUAAAAGCUGAAUCUUGUUUCAGUAAAGCAAAAGUUUAACACUUGUAGAAUGGAUCAAUACGUUCCUCAUAUGAUUUGACCCCUAUGAUUGUUUUUUAAGAUUUAGCAUAUCAUUAUUCAAGGGACACAGUAAUUUCAUAUGACAUUGGGUCUUGCUUGAGGUGGUCCCAGGUCAUUAUUGUUAUUGCUGGAAUUCUGGAAGCCACAUGGGUUCCAUUGCCAGAAACCAAGAGAGAUAGGUAAGUUCUGAAUUGUUGCUUAGUUCCACAUUGUUGUCUGUAAAUGUUUGGUGUCCUUAUGUGUAGUAGUCAUCGCUCCUACAUGAGUUAACUGCUAUUCUGGUGAAUAUGCAAAAGCUCAGCUGGACCUUUAGUGAUACGUUAAGCCAGUGUCAAAAGGUGUUUUUGUGCUUGGGUUUUGGGUUUGGGAAAUGGGAUCAAAUCUUUCUUGAGGUGGGACCUGACUAUUGCGGUGAACAACAGAAGACAGAUUAUUAGUUGAGUUUUAGUUGGUCAAUCUGAAUUUCCUUGUUUUAGUGUCAGACUGACCAAUUUAAAACAUCAUUUUAUGGACUAGAGAUAGUCUCUUAGGACCUGUUUACUUGGGAGGACGGAAAUAAAAAUUAUGAAAAAAUAUCCACGGUGGAAAACUUUUACUUCGUAAAAAAAGAUGCAUUGUUUUCCUUUCUACAAUUUACCUAACGAGCAGACAAAUUUAUGAAUCUAUCAACAUAUCAUUUUUAAUUAUUUUCUCGUCUUCCUCCCUCUCAACUGAGCAUUCGAAUUUCUCCCAACUCGUAAUCAGGCCUCACACAGCUGCAAACGGCGGCCCUGCGAAAGGCAAACUCGUGCGGCUGCGGCACCUCGUGUGACUGCAGUUGUAUUUUUUUUUUCUCUUCUUCCUUUGUCUUUCUCUUGUUUUUUUUUUGCCCUUUUUGAUUUCUUAGGGAAAGUUUUUUUUCUUUUCUCUUUCCUUUCCCUAGGGAUUUUUUUUUCACUUUGGAUUGCUUUCCUUCUCCAUUCCAUUGUUCAGAGUAAACAGGGGGUUAAAAUUAUGCUAAAAUUAGAUCAUCAGUGAUUUGCUUUAAAGGAGAAUGCUGGUUUUCUGAAAUCAGAGGCAAUUGCAACAAAACAGAUUCUUUUUAAGUUGUGAUAUGAGAAAUAGAUUGAUUGAACAUUAAGAAUUUCCAGUUCCUUUUCUGAAUUGAACUAGAUUUGAGAAACCUUUUUUGAUUUUGAGAAUCACCUGGUAGCCUUUGUGUAAGCCAUUUUGUUCUUGAGGAAUUCUUUCUUUUCCUCUGUUUCUUCUCUCUCCUUUCUCUUCUUCCUCUAAUAACUUCAUUCUUCCAUGGGGCCAGGCCGGUGGGCUCAGGUUCGGUGUUACCAGGUUCAUCAUUUUUUCAUUCUUUCUAUUUGUUGGUAUUGUUGAAGGUUUUGGAACUUCAAUUGUUUUACUUCCCUGAUGCUGGAGGUGAUGGAAAUUCAUGCUUAUGUAUUUGGAAAAUGAUAGUGCUUCAUUUUAACUAAUUAAGAAUGUUGGUAGGUUUGGACAUGCAAAGUGGUCAAUCCUCCUUUAACAAAAAGUUCACUGCAUGCAAUGAAUAUAAGUUUGAAAAUGCUCUGUCCUGAAUGAUUAUACACUUGGACUGCUAUAACCAGUGCAUUUGUUUUGUUUGGGUCUCCCUUUCCAUCACCACUGUAGGUGACUGAAGCUCAAAAACAUGGCCAUGCCCAAUGAUUGUAUAUCACAUUUGUCUAUAGACAGGUGCAAAAAUUAGGGCUGGUUGUAGUUGUUAGUAGUUGAGAAUGGAGAAAUAUUUCUAACUAGUUGUAUUACUAGUCAUUUUAUAACUCCACUGUAUCAGACAACAUGAUUUUGUAUUUUCUAAAAUAUAGUAGAAUUCUUUUAACUUAAAUGCGCAACUGGCCACAAACAGUGGAUAACAUUGUUUCUACAAGAAAAAAGAGUCAACCUUACUACAUAAAUUGCAA